AUGGUAAACAUGAAGAAUGCAGCGCGCUGCAGAGCCGAAGGUUGCUCAGGGAAAACUCGAGUGCAGUGUGUUACAUACAAGGUGUUCCUCUGCUUACAGGCAGAUCACAACUGUUACACAGCCUUUCACACAUAUGGCUGCAGGCUGGAAGGAAAUGAAGGCUUAAUAGAAAUCGCUGCAUACACAGGAGGCUUAGUACUGCUGCCCUGCUCCUGCACUGACCGCCACACCACACCUGAGACAUUCACAUGGGAGAAAUACAUAAGAAAUGAAAAGAAAUGGGUAAAGAUAUCUCCUGAGAGUGAGCAGUACAAAGAGAGAUUUCAGCUGGUUAAUGAUCACUCUUCAGGAAAUCUCUCUCUGCUCAUAUCAACCCUGACUGAAGAGGAUGGAGGAGAUUACAGGUGUAGUGUUAAAGGGAGUCAAUACAGAGACCUCAGACUCACUGUUAAAGGUUGCACACUGAAUCUACAGACAGUGUAUAUGACUGGAUACGUGGGACAGUCUGUCCUUCUGCCCUGCUCCUGCUCUGAACUACAAGCCAAACCACACACUUUCACAUGGACGUAUUUAAAUGGUUCUGCUCACAAAGAAAUCUUCCCAAAGGACCAGACAAAUCUCUACACAGACAGAGUUCAGCUCUUUAAUGAUCAUCUUCCAGGAAAUCUCUCUCUACUCAUAUCACACCUGACUGUAGAGGAUGGAGGAUGGUACAGGUGUGAGAUCAGGAACAGAAUCUCAGUCGUCCAUCUCACAUUAAGAGGUAAAAUGACCUUCUGUAUAUAA